AUACUCCAGACGGACCAUCGCUCCUCCAUCAGCGCUCUCAACGCGUAACAUAUACACCACCAGCUAUCCCCAGCAAAUCUCGAUCGCAUACCAUCACCGAACACACCUCGCAGAAAUGCGCGUCUCAACCUUCGUCCUCGCGCUUCCUGCGCUCGCCGCCGCUCAGCAGCAAAUCCCGCUAGUCGACCAAGUCAAAGGAUGGUUCGCAAAGGCCACCGAGUCGCUCAACGCCGUCGUGUCAUCUGCCAGCGAGUCCGUCUCUGUGAAAGUCCCGAAUCCCGUGGCAUCCGGCGCCGCCAAAGUGGCAACGUUGAAGGUGGAGAGAAUUGGACUCGACAACCACAACGAGGUGAUCAAGCCGGACAACCCCAGCUCAAGCACUGGCAUUGAGACCUGGUUAGUUUAUGUCCAUGGUGGAAACAAAACCUGCUUUGGCAUGUGCGGAUCCGCCGAAACGGCAUUCAACGAGAGCGUGGUACUCUUGGCCGCAUCGCCGAACCCACCCAAGCUCGCCAGGAUGGAUUGUGAGACGGAUCCGGUCCUUUGCAAUGCUUGGGCCAUCAGCCCGCCACAGAUUGUCCACAUCCAGCUCCCGCAGCCUCUCGCCGACCAGUCGACUCCAGCGACCACUGUACGCUCCAUCCCGUUGAAUCGCACCACCGUGGCCGCGACUCAAAUCGCUGCCAUCCACCUCGAGGACAAGUACCUCGAGACCACCCCCUACGAAGGACUUUUCCACCCAUUCGAUGGCCAGCUCGCGAAGCUUGGCCUCAACAUCCCAUUCGGCUACUUGAUGUGGGGUUUCUCUCUCGUCCCGUCGUGGGCGCUCAUGAUCGGCAUUUCAUUCAUCAGCAGGACCUUCAUGUAA